CGUGACUUGCAGUACACUACAUAGGAUGCGGACUGCGAUUGCUCUGGGCAUUGUAGCCCUUGCCACGGUGCUCUCGGUGGUGUUUGCUGCACGGGAGCAGGACCUGAUCAAGGAUCUGCCUGGAUGGGACGGCGAUAACGUGAUGUAUGCUGGCCUGAUGGAGGUUGAGCCCAAGUACGGCUCGAACAUGUUCUACUGGCUGACGCUGGCUGAUGAGGAGCCUGAGAACAAGCCCGUGGUGCUCUGGCUGACCGGUGGCCCUGGUUGCUCGGGCCUCCUCGGCCUGAUGUCCGAAAUGGGCCCGUUCUUUGCGGGACCGGACAACAAGUUGCUGCCGAACCCGUGGGGGUGGAACACGCUCGCCAACAUGAUCUACAUCGAGUCGCCGAUCGGCGUUGGCUUCUCGUACUCGCACAACACGUCGCGGUACAACGUGGGCGACCAGCAGACGGCCGAGGUCUCGUACGCCUUCCUCCUCGAGUUCUUUGCUGCGUACCCGGAGCUCGCCGAGAACGACUUUUACAUCACCGGCGAGUCGUACGGCGGCCACUACACGGUCAACCUCUCGGCGUACAUUCUGAAGAUGCAGAAGCAGGCGGCUGCCGGCUCGCCGGCCUUCCCCAACUCGUUCAAGGGCAUGGCGGUCGGCAACGCGUGGACUGACGCGCCGCUCGACAACAUGGGCUGCGUCCUCGACUGGGACUCGCACACUAUCAUCUCCGAGGAUGUGGCCAAGGGCCUGCUUGCCACCUGCGACUUUGCCCACAUCGGGCCGUUUGCUGCCGCCGAAGGCGUCGACCCCGCCGCGUGCAACAAGUACUACAACGAAGCCAUGACCCAGAUGGGUGACAUCACCAUCUACAACAUCUACUGGCCGGUUUGCCUCUCUUCGUCGGAGAUCACCGGCCAGGGCCACGCCCUCUACCGCGCCCUCGCACAGGGCCCCGAGACCGACUCGGCCGCCCAGCUUGGCCGCGUCAUGGACAAGCUCAUCACCAUGCAGCAGCGAAAGCUCGCCGAUGCGGCAGCGGCGGCUGCCGCUGUCGGCCCGGCUCCGCCGCCGUACGACCCGGCUCCGGUCUGCGUCUCCAACUAUCUCACGGCGUACCUCAACGACCCCGCGGUCCAGGCCGCCAUCCACGCACCCAAGCUGCCGUACGCCUGGUCCGGCUGCUCGUCCAUCGUCAAAUACUCGUACCCGGACCUCCUCGCUUCGGUCGUGCCCAAGUACCUCGACGACCUCUUCCCGGCCAACAUCCGUGUCCGCGUCUACUCGGGCGACGUCGACGGCAUCGUCCCCACCCCGGGCACCAAGCUCUGGAUCGACACCAUGAACCUGACCGUCGCCACCGGCGGCGACUUCCGCUCCUGGACGGACCCGUUCAACCAGGUCGGCGGCUGGACAACGACGUACGAGAAUGGCCACGGCGGCGAGUUCAUGUUCUCCACCGUCCGCAACGCUGGCCAUGAGGUUCCCGAGUACCAGGGCCCGCGCGCCUGGACCUACAUCAAGGCCUUCCUCGACGGCACUGACCUGCCGGCCCCGACCAAGCCGUAG